UGUCUUGAAACUAAACUAGUGCAUUUUUCCUGCGUGACUUUAUCUAAUGCAGAGUACCAAGCUCUGCCACCCAAAGUAGCCUCGCGUUUUUACUGUCUAGAGGAGAAAAACACUAAUUAACCUGCGGACAGACCCAACAGAGGAGCGAAAAUGGCGACGUUAAUCAAAAGCAAGCUUUCUAAUAAACUGUCAAAUGCAGCAACCGCUGUCAGCAACAAAUCCCAGGCGAAGGUGAGCGGCAUGUUUGCCAGGAUGGGCUUCCAGGCCGCCACCGAUGAGGAGGGUCUGGGCUUCGCCGCCUGCGAUGACCUGGACUACGAUCACCGGCAGGGAAUGCAGAUGGACAUAAUGACAAGCGAGGAGAUGGGAGGAGAGGGCGCAGGAGACGGAGAAGGGCUGGAUGGAGACAGCCACUACCAGAGGGACGGCACCGGUCCGCCGCACUCAACUUCAAAGGAUGGUAGUGCAACGAGCGAGCUGUCAGAAGUCAAACCAAAAAUCACCGCUUGGGAGGCGGGCUGGAACGUGACGAAUGCGAUCCAGGGGAUGUUCGUUCUUGGAUUGCCCUACGCCAUCCUGCAUGGAGGAUAUCUCGGACUCUUUCUCAUUAUUUUUGCCGCCGUGGUGUGCUGCUACACGGGAAAAAUCCUCAUUUCCUGCCUGUACGAGGAGGACGAAGACGGGCAGCUGGUCCGUGUGAGGGACUCCUAUGUGGAUAUUGCCAACGCCUGCUGCCAGCCCAGGUUCCCGACUUUAGGUGGCCAUAUCGUGAAUGUAGCCCAAAUCAUAGAGCUUGUGAUGACUUGCAUCCUGUAUGUGGUGGUCAGUGGAAACCUCAUGUACAACAGCUUCCCCAACAUGCCCAUCUCCCAGAAAUCCUGGGCCAUCAUCGCCACCGCCGCUCUGCUCCCCUGCGCCUUCCUGAAGAACCUGAAAGCCGUCUCCAAGUUCAGUUUGCUGUGCACGAUGGCCCACUUUGUCAUCAACGUCCUAGUGAUCGCGUACUGCCUCUCCAGAGCGCGGGACUGGGCCUGGGACAAGGUUAAGUUUUACAUCGAUGUCAAGAAGUUUCCCAUCUCCAUAGGAAUUAUCGUUUUCAGCUACACCUCGCAGAUCUUCCUGCCGUCUCUGGAGGGGAACAUGAAUAAGCCGAGCGAGUUCCACUGCAUGAUGAACUGGACUCACAUCGCUGCCUGCAUCCUCAAAGGCCUGUUCGCCCUCGUGGCCUACCUGACCUGGGCUGACGAAACCAAGGAGGUCAUCACAGACAACCUGCCCCCCGGUAUCCGAGCCGUCGUCAACCUCUUCCUUGUGGCCAAAGCUUUACUGUCAUAUCCGCUCCCAUUUUUCGCUGCCGUAGAGGUAUUAGAGAAAUCGUUUUUCUCGGAAGGGGGAAGCACACCCUUCCCAGACUGCUACGGAGUCGAUGGACGUCUAAAAUCCUGGGGACUCACUCUCCGUUGUACCCUUGUUGUGUUCACCUUGCUCAUGGCUAUCUAUGUGCCACAUUUCGCCCUCCUCAUGGGUCUCACCGGCAGCUUGACUGGUGCAGGCCUGUGCUUUCUGCUUCCCAGUCUCUUCCACCUUAAGCUUCUAUGGAGAAAGCUGCAAUGGCACCAGGUUUUCUUUGAUGUGUCCAUCUUUGUAAUAGGAGGUAUAUGCAGCAUAUCCGGUUUUAUCCACUCCAUGGAGGGGCUCAUAGAGGCUUUCAGAUAUAACAUAGAAGAGUAGAUUCAAGCCAUUGCCGGAAAUAGAUGUUAACUGCAACCCCAUUUAGUGAAGAAAAAAAAGAUAAAUAAAUAAAACUCACGACUUUGCAGCAAUGCUGCCCCCCUUCUGCUUAAUCCAUGCGUAAAAGCGCACACAGACCACAUCUACGCAUACAUACAGUCUGGCAUCGGUUAAGAAUAAACGCGCGCGUGCGCACACACCUACACACAUACUUACACAGAAGAAUAGAGACGUUGACAGCGAGGGAAUCCAAUGCAUCCACAACACACUAUAUGGACAGUUCAUGUUGUAUAAAUAUGCGAACAGACGUACAUAAACAUAUUUUCCAGUGGAGUGAACGUUUACAAUAUCAACCUUAAACUAAAUUUGCAAGGACAGUUUGUCUUUUCGUCGCUCUUGUGGUGCUUCCCACAUGAGACUUCACUUAAUGUAACGCUUGAGCUUAUAGGGUGGACGGAUAUUCGACGAUAUAACGUGAUUUAAUGAAGAUGAAGGUUUAUUUAAAAUGAAAAAAUAAAAACAUUACGAAGCGCCACUCUCUUCUACUUUAGGUUAUUUGCAACAUGAUUAUGGCAGUGAAUGUGGUGUUAAAUCCAGACAAGAGUGGGAAUAACACAAUGGCAAUAACCAGCAGUGAAAAAACAUGAAUGCAUCUUGACAUGUUCUAAAGGAAAGCGGAGAUUUGUUAGAAAUAAGGAAUUUGGACCUUCCCCGAGCAGUUUAAAAUACUGUUAAUGCAAAAUAUCAAAGUACACAGCAGCUAUACAAACUAUGCAUUGAAUGUAUGAUGUUUCAGACACAUUACGCAGCUUAAAACUGGGAAGUAGAAAUACAGAAAUCUUAAUCAUCUCGAUUCUUCUGCGUGAAAGUGAUACUUUGAUAUAUUUUUUAGACAUUUAAAAAUCAAUCUAUUGAGCUCUUAAAUCUGCAAUAAUGAAAGUCACUACCCCAAAACUCAGCCCCAACAUCUUGGCCCAAAUUAUAGCCUUAGACGGGGACCCCAAAUUGAGAUCCUGUACACUCAAUUCGUUAUGCUUUUCUUCAUAUUAAUGAAAACCUGGCCUGUUCUGAAAUUAAUUUGAGAGACUCAAGUGUCGCAAAUUCGGUGUCUGAAAAUCUGAAAAAAGAGAUCAUUUAAGAGGAAAAUGUGCAUACAGACAUUUUUCAUUCUGUGCAAUGCAAUGGGUCCUGUGGAAAUGUUAUAAAACCGUUUGUGUAGUGUGUUAUUGUGGUUUCAAAAAGAUGGAAUGUAUAUCUCAAAGUCGUUAUCAUAUAUCGUGAAAUUAAUAUUAAAGAAUAAAGACAUAAGUGAAAUUA